CAAUGUCAAGUUGCCAGUGUCAAACAAAUCGAGUGCCGUGUUCUACACUUUUGUGGAUUUCAUUGUCGAUUUUAUUAGAACGAAACUCUUGUAAUUCUAAUAAGACGUUUAUUGGAUUUCAGUGAGCAUUGCGCUAAAAUGCAGAGUGUAAUAAAUACUGUGAAAGGCACGGCGCUGGGAGUAGCCGGUUAUCUUACACCGGUGUUGAAGGAAUCGAAGUUCCAAGAAACUGGUGUCCUAACUCCUGAGGAGUUUGUAGCUGCUGGAGACCACUUAGUCCACCACUGCCCCACCUGGCAAUGGGCGAAGGGUGAAGAGGCCAAGCUCAGGCCGUACCUCCCAGCUGAUAAGCAGUUCCUCAUUACUAGGAAUGUACCAUGCUACAGGCGGUGCAAACAGAUAGAGUACUGCGAGGACAAGGAGAAGGUGAUAGAGGAUGAACAUGAUGCGGACGGGGGGUGGGUAGACACACAUCACUAUGACAACAGUGGAUCUCCUACAGUUGAGGAGAAGGUAUGUGAGAUGACACUGGAGGCAGCUGACACCGGCGACAGUGACGGCGAGGGUGCCGCCGGCGACCGCGACGAUGAUGAUGAAGAGGACGACGAGGAUGGAGAGGCCGAGGAUAUGGAGCAGUUCCAGGAGUCUGGACUCUUAGAUGAAGUGGACCCAUCAACAGACCUAGCACCGCGCAAGGAACCCAAAUCGAAGCCGGAGAAGAAACCGAAGUCUGACGGAGACGAGAUCAUCCGCACGAGGACCUACGACCUCCACAUCACGUACGACAAGUACUACCAGACGCCAAGGCUCUGGCUCAUCGGGUACGACGAGGACCGCACUCUACUGAGCGUGGAGCAGAUGUACGAGGACGUGUCGCAGGACCACGCCAAGAAGACUGUCACCAUGGAGUCCCACCCGCACCUGUCCGGACCUAGCAUGGCGUCUGUACAUCCGUGCCGGCACGCAGAAGUAAUGAAGAAAAUAAUAGAGACUGUCACAGAGAGUGGAGGGGAGAUGGGAGUGCACUCGUACCUCAUAGUGUUCCUCAAGUUCGUGCAGACUGUCAUCCCGACCAUCGAGUACGACUUCACACAGAACUUCGCCAUCAACUAGAUAUAGAUGUAUGUAGUAGCUUUUGUAACGCUCGCGGCGUAGCUUCACUGUGGGUUUUUAAUCUUUUUAAUCGAUAGUGUAUGAGAAAUAGGCGGUGAUGAUUGGUUCAAGAAAUAACUGAUUGAUUAAGAUAGUGUGUGUGUUUUCGAAAAAUAUACUAAAUAAUAUCUCACACAAUACUUGCAAAUAAUAUCGCUAGAAAGAUCACAUUAAAAUAAGGAAAUAUCUUACUUGCGCAGCCAUUGCGCUAAGUAUAUGUCAGCUCGUCCACCUGAACCAAUGCAAUUUGAACUUUGUGUAUAAGAUGAUAAAGUCUCGUGCUCUUGCGCAAUUCUUGAGAACACUGCUUUCGUUGUUUCGCCGCGGUUUGUAUAGUACAGUAGUGUAGGCCAUUUUAAUAAAUAUUUUGCAAUUAAAUAUAUUAAUGUGGUAAUUGUAAUAUCAAUAUUUAUUAGUAAUUGGAAAUGUGUUAUUUAUAUAUUUUAUUAGUGUUAUUCAUUGUGAAAUUGAUUAAACAAGUCAGUGAAUGUGUUACUGAGUCUGUGCAAUGGAAAUAUAUGAAUCAAUAGCUUUAAUUGCAGCAUUUUUAUGUUUACAAGUUUUUUUUUUAAUACAGUUUGCCUGAUACCUUGCCAGAGACCGAUUACAAAUUAGUUUUUUUACAUACAGUCUUUCACAUUGUUUAUUUUUUUAGUUGUAGUUUUAGCUUUGUGUUGGAAUUCAUUCCGUAUAAACGCCAUAUAGUUUAGAUACACAAAUUAAUUGUUUAUUUAGAUAUUACGUCUAUAGUUAUUUUGUUAUUUGUAGCUUUUAUACUGGUAAUGAAACUUUGUAGGUCGCAGCUUUUCACGUUAACGAAUUUAUUUAUGUAGUUCGACAUACAUUAAUGGAUUUGUUUUUCUAGUAUAAUUAUGGUAUUAAAAAUCUAAAUUUGAUACAAUCAUUUUGCUAAAUUACUGGAUGAAACCUUUUAAACAUUUCAUACAACGCACAUACAAACAAAAUGGAACUUAAAAACAACGAUACUAUAGAUUUCAAAUACGUUGUCAAAAUAUUCGAGUUCUUGUUAUGAAAUUGGUAAUGUUUUAAUAUUGUUUUUAUAUGUUAAAUUAUAUUAUAUUAUAGAUACGUACAUGCUAUUGUUAGUUAAAUACUCCUAUGUUAUCUUACGUGUAAAUGCACCGUUUGGUUUAUUUUUGUAAUAAAAUAUAAUAUUUUGCCUAUUAA